AUGUUCACCCAGUCCUGUCAUUUCACAGGUUUUCCCAUUCACGCUGACAGUUGUGGCUAUCGCCAUGUACAUCCGGUCAUUCUUUGGAAGUAUAUCUCCAGGUCUGCGCUGUACACUGAUCUUCUCUUUAUUAUCGACGAACUGGAUAAAUCCUACAAUCGAUCCAUCAAGCUGGUCCAGCACUUGGUGAAGACUCACAGAAGCUGUCCUGACCCACAGCUGUUCUGGGAGGAGCUGAAAAGUGCCCGCCAUGUGCGCUACUUUGAAUAUCCCCUGUUGGAACGUUACCUGAGUGGCAAACAGCGUUCCCACUUCAUCGCAUUCACCUAUCUGUUCCGGAACAUUCUUCUGCUUCUUCUCAUUGUCAUCACCUGCUUCUACCUGGGCUUCUUCCACCUUAGUGUCUUCUAUCAAGAAGAGUUCAACUGCCAUAUCAAACCGGAUUUUCUUGCAUCGGACAUUUCCUCCUCCAUCUUUGUCAGAUGCAAACUGAUAUCGCUGACCAUCUUCCAGAUCAUUAGCGUGGUCAAUGCCGCCGUAUACAUCCUCUUGGUGCCGGUGAUAUUGUACAAUUUAACUAAGCUCUUCCACUGGGACAAACAGUUCCUGAAUGUCUAUGAAAUGCUCCCAGCCUUCGAUCUCCUGAGCAAGAAGAUGUUGGGUUGCCCGAUUAAUGACCUAAAUAUUAUUAUUCUCUUCCUUCGGGCCAAUAUAUGCGAGCUUAAAUCGUUCAGCCGCCUGAGUGUUCUCUGCUCACUCAAGGACAUGACCAGGAACCGGGAGAACAUUGACACGGUGGUGGACUUCAUGACAUUGUUGGUGGGAAUGGAGGAAGAUAGUGAAACCUUUCUUCCCUCAGGGUAUGAUGGGGUCAUAAGCAGCAACGAGCUCCAGUCACCAUCAAAAGUGGAAAAUAUUGGUAAGAUUAGGCUUUUCUAA